AUGUCUGAAUUGGAAAUCAAGCUCUUUCAUCGACGAUUGGUUGAAAUAUUAUGCUUGCAAUUGACCGUGAUGGUUGGAUCGUAUGUGGUCUCACAUUUUUUGGCUUUCAAGAAUCGAGAAUUUCUACAACAGAACAUUAAGGCAGCUCAGGAACGAUACAAGAAUGUUGAAAAGACCAAAUUUAUUGCCAAUAUGAGUCAUGAAGCGAGAAAUCCAUUGCAUUGCAUUAUGGGAAGUUUGCAAGUGAUGGAACAUCAUUUUGAUGGAGAAGAAUAUUCAGCAAAGCAUUGUUGUAAACAUUGUUUUUUAAGCAAUGGAGCUAUUCAGGAAAGUAUAGAAGACAUUAAGGAAAAUGCCACCUUGUUAUUACAUAUACUGUCAUCUUCUUUGCAAAUGAGUUCAUUGGAAAUGGGGAAAAUCCAAUUGAAACAUGAACCUUUUAAUUUGAAAGUUCUGUUGGAUUCAUUGAUUGGAGUUUUUUCACAACUGGCUCAUGAGAAAAACAUUUCCUUACAUCUCUUUUAUGACGUUUCCCGAGUACCUCAACUAUUUCAAGGAGAUUCUGUUCGAUUGAGUCAAAUCAUCAUGAAUAUUAUUUCCAAUGCCAUCAAAUACACGAAAAAGGGUUAUGUGAGAGUGAACUGCAUGCUUGCAAAGGACGACAAACACGAAGAUUUUACCAAAUUAAGAAAAAACAGAGUGGAAAAUAGCUCAGCUUGUCAAGUUCUGUUAGAAUUCAUCGAUACAGGAUGUGGAAUCUCACAGGAUCAAAUUCACAAACUGUUUCAACCUUAUGGUGUUCUCGAACAUCAAAACGAAGAAUUUGAAAAUAGCUCCUUUGAACAAUACUUCCAUCAGUCAGAAAAUUUAAGAAAACUCAAUGAUGGAGGAAGUACAUUAAUUUACACCCAUAGAAAUGGACUUGGUCUCAGUAUCACUAAAUUGUUAAUCCACAAAAUGAAGGGUCACAUUAAGGUUGUUUCAAGUCAAGUGGGAGUUGGAACAAAAAUGACCAUUUCGCUUCCCUUAGAAACUUGCGACAAUUCCAACAUCGAGAAAAGUAUUGGUGGUUUCUUGUUGUCUGACAAUAGUAUGGCCUAUCAUGUCACCAUAAUUGACGAUGACGAGUGCUUUCGAGAGGUACUUAAGGAUUAUCUUUCAUUAAUGAAGAGAGUGAAAAGUAUUGCCUGUUAUGAGAGUGUUAGUGAAUCCAUGCAAAACCAAGUGAAAAGCUGUGAUGAUUCCUAUUCUGAUAGAAAAUCUCUGUCUCUGAUCAUUGUACCAGAAAGAGAAUAUGAAAAAGCAACGAACUGUUUUGGAAAGAAUGAACAGUCAAAGAUUAUUUCCACCAUUUUCAAAGGGGAAAAAAGAAAUUUCCAACAUGCACUGUAUCUUCCCAAGCCAAUCAAAUUUUCAGAGUUGGUUGAACUAUUUAACACCAUGAUGACCUCUGAAGAGAACAGUGACAAUGAAAGCGUCGAUAUGGAAGUGAAUCGAAAAGUAUUGGUGAAAAUGUUACAAAUUAUUGGAUUUAAAGACAUCGAUACCUCCAACGAUGGAAUGCAAUGUUUUGAAAAAUUCAAAGAAAAGUCGUAUCAUUUGGUCUUGUUGGAUUGUUUCAUGCCCAUCUUGAGUGGAAAGGAGGCGUGUGAAAUGAUUCGUAACUGGGUCAAAUAUCGUCAUCAUCAAAAAGAGGAGCUACCACGAAUACCAAUUAUUGCAAUUACAGCAAACACUUGGGAACCAAAAGAAACACUAUUGUCACAAGGUUUUGAUGACGUUGUGUACAAGCCAUUUGUUUUGGAAGAUUUCAGAAGCCUGUUACGUUCUUACUUGGGGAAGGUAAACAACAUUCAUUAA